UUAAUAAAGGGACUAAGCCGACAAGAGAAUGAAUGAAUUAUCAGACUAUGGUGCAUGUAAACUACAGGCAAUAUGAUGCUUGUAUGUCACGCUGCUUUUAAUAAACACAAUCUCAGUAUGAACUCUUUAAAGUGAAUCUAUAUUAACAGUAUCUUGAAGUGAGCACAUGAACAGGACUGUUAGCGUUUUAGAGAGAGCUGCAGAGUCACGCAGUUUGCCAUCAUGUCUAUUGUUGCGUGCUGCUUGCUCAGCCGUUCUCUCGUCUCUUGUUAUUCUACAACAAAUGGCAUUGCUCUUUUACAACUGAAUACCCUCUAUACACUUUACGCAAUACCUCUGACUUUUUUCACCUUUUUCCAGCCCAAAACACUGAGUUUGACCCCCGUUUUUUGGAGCAACCAACUUCAUGCAUGUGUUCGAGUUUCCGAAUGAUGAAAUGUCUAAAGGACAGGUCUGGUCUCCUGGAUUAUGAACUUAUGAACUGAUCUUUAUGGUCAUGACAGCCGUCCAAAGAGUUUGAUUAUAUGACUAAGUUCCACCUAAAGGAUAGUGUUUCAAAAAUAUUUUUUGGAGAAAAUACUCUCUACUGAUCAGUGAUGUCUGCGAAACAAUCAGGUUUAGAAGCUGGUUUGGAUCCAGAAGAAGAAGUGACAAAUGUUGUUUGUGAUGAUGCAGAUCUCAGAGAUGGAGAGAUGAUGGAGGUUGAGGUUGGUGAUCACAAUGUUUUGCUGGUCCGCUGUGACGGAGUGUACAGUGCCAUCAGUAACCAGUGCACACACUAUGGUGCUCCGUUGAGUGAAGGGGUGCUGUCGGGUUGUAGGGUGCGCUGUCCCUGGCAUGGGUCCUGUUUUAAUGUGAAGACUGGAGACCUGGAGGAGUAUCCUGGGAUUGACUGUCUGCCCUGCCACAAGGUGAAAGUCGAAAACAACAAAGUGUAUGUGUCUGUAAAGAAAAGGAUUCGGGGUCAGCCUAAACGUGUAAAAUGGAUGGGAGUCCGAGAUCAGUCGGUGUCACAUACUGUGAUGCUCCUCGGAGGAGGCGCAGCCUGCUUAAUGUGUGCUGAGACGCUACGGCAAGAAAACUAUGGCGGCAGGAUUAUUAUGGUUUCUAGAGACGACCUCCUUCCAUAUGACAAAACCAGACUCAGUAAGGUGAUGAAUGCUGAGAGCGACAGUCUGUUAAUGAGAAGAAUGGACUUUUUCCACAAACAUGAUAUUGAGGUCUGGUUGAAGAAAGAGGCUUUAUCAAUAGACACAAACAAGAAAACAGUGACAUUUGAUGAUGGGUUAAUCCAGAGUUAUGACCAAAUUCUGAUAGCAACUGGGUGCAGAGCAAAAGGUCUGGACUGCCCGGGUGCAAACCUGGAACGGGUGCUAAUGCUAGAAACACCAGAGGAUGCCAGGUGCGUCCACUAUGCCUGUACGGGCUGCAGGACAGUCAUCGUGGGCACUUCUUUUAUUGGCAUGGAAGUGGCAGCUUAUUUGCUAGACACGUCCAGCAGUAUGACAGUCAUCGGCAGCAGUGAACUGCCCUAUCAGAAGACUCUGGGCCGGGAGAUAGGAAAGGUCACCAUGACGAUGCUGGAAGAGAAAGGGGUGACGUUCUACAUGAAUGAUGCUGUCGCAGAAGUUCAGGGCAAAAAUAGGAGGGUUAAGGCAGUGAAACUGAAGAGCGGCAUCACUAUUGAAGCUGAUUUGUUAAUUGUUGCAAUUGGUGUCAGUCCGAAUUCAGAGUUUCUAAAGGGGAGUCGAGUAAGAAUGGACUCAAAGAACUAUGUCAUUGUGGAUGAGUACAUGAGGACCAACAUAACAGACGUCUACUGUGCUGGAGAUCUGACCUCCUUUCCUCUCAAAAUGGCAAAAGGCCAGAAAGUGAGCCUUGGCCAUUGGCAGAUAGCGCAGGCACAUGGAAGGAUUGCAGCUCUCAACAUGCUGUGCAGAGAAGUGGAGCUAAACACAGUGCCAUACUACUGGACCGUCCUGUUCGGGAGAACCAUUCGAUACGCUGGAUAUGGGGAGGGAUACACUGAGAUGGUGCUGAAAGGGAAGUUUGAGAACAUGAAGUUUUUGGCACUUUACCUCAAGGAUGGUGAGGUGGUGGCUGCCGCAGGACUGAAUGUUGAACCCGCCGUUUCUGUGGUGGCAGAGAGACUGGCAGAAGGAAGAGUGAUUACAAAGGCAGAGGCAGAGUCAGAUGACCUCAGUUGGCUGAAACUGGAGCCCAUGUGACCACUGACAACAGUUUUGACUCUGAAUUCAGCUAUUCUGUCCACAGUACAUCCCAUCCAACCAUGCCUUUACUCAGAAGACAUUCUUCGUAACAUUUAAAGGCCAAUACAGUAUGUUUCUCCAGGAGCUUUGUACACAGUUCACAGAGCUUGCCAUUUUACCACUGAUAUUCAGAGACGAGAACCACUACCCACACACAACCAAAACAAGAGGAGAAGCUUUUAUUCUGCUCUUACCUCAGUUCUCUUUGUGACUUUGCCAGUUAGCUCCGUUUCACAUCUGUUUUUCUCAAAAAUGAAAGUUAACGCAAUCAAAUUUUUAUUCUAAUCAGUAUUAUAGAUAUAAAGAGAACAUAUUGAGCUUAUGAAAGAUGAGAAGAGUUUUUUUUUUUUACGUAAACAGCAUCUAGUUUGUAAAGUAAAUCAAUGUUUUAAAGGCCUGUUCAUGGCAAGAGUGCUAAAUUUAAUGAUAACAGUAACUAUAAAGCUUUAAUUAUCUUUUUAAUUCUAUGAGCUUUAGCAUUUAAAGUAACCAUUAAAUUCAAAAAGUCUUAUUUUUUAUGAAAUAUUGCAGUAGUUAUAUAUCUUAAAUAUUUAUCUAUUUAAAUUUGUCAUUCUUGUGCCGUUAUAAUCUUUAAUGAAAUAAAAUAAUCCCCUCCCUUUUACAGCAUGUAUUCUGUGAUGCUGGAGAGGGGAGCGGGCCAGCUGUCAAUCACAUAAGAUUGACCAAUAAGCAAACAACAACAGCAGUCUGUUCAAUUCUCAGUGGAACGAAAUGAAAGAAGUUCUGUCCUACAUUUAUUUUUACUUGAGAAGUCGUUUUACUUGGAUAUAAGUCGCAAUAAAAAAAUACUAUUGUAGCUUACAUUUCAGGAUGAAUUUACAGGUGCGGAUAAAGAAAACAUUUAAACAUAACAAUACUGUGUGUUGUUGACACUAAUAUAAUUACCACUCUUGGCGUGAACAGGCCUUUAAUUCAUUGUCAAGUAUACAGUCGCUCUGGCAGACUUGUGUGCUUGAUGGAUCUAUAGGUGGCGUCGCUGGUCAUCAAGCUGUGAAAUGGAGCACGGGUAGUAGAAAAAAAAGACAUCAAAUCAUAGUGCUUAGCAGGAUUAGAUGAACACUGAGCGAUGGAUGCUGAAUGUGACAGUGGUCACAAAAGAGGCAGCAUAUAUAAUGAAACCGGACAAACAUGUUACAAAAGAGCACAUUACAAAAGAAAUGCUGAGCUGCUCUCUUAUAUCGCCUCUUAUUCUCUCACUCCUGCCAUGCAACGCAACCCAGUUUUCGCUCCCAAAUCCUCGUAAUUCACUUCUGUUCUUAUCAGCAAAAAUUUGUGCAGAGAUAAAUGGGUCAUACACGACAGUCCAAAUCUGGAGGUGAAAUGUGGGCCAUGAAGUAGAGCUUGGACCUUAAGAAGAUAUAGCAGAGAACUGACCAGAUCCCUUUAUCAAGUACUAUAAUCUAGCUAACAUUACCUAACAUUUUCCUCAAUGACUCUAAAACAUUUAUAGAGUUAUUAUCAAGGGAAAUGAGGUAAGAAAAAGUGGUUACACUUUACAAUAAGGUUUCAUUCAUUCUUUGUAGUUAUUAAUUAAUAAUGAACAAGUUAUUUAGGAAUACGCAGUUAUAUUUUAGUUUAUUUAAGUUUUUUAUUGAUGCAUAUUAGUCAGAGAAAUACAGUAUUAAAUAUAGAGAAUAAGACAUCAUGCAGCAAAAAAACUAAAUUAGUGGAUGUUUUCUUCCUCUCUGAAGUAAAAAUAGUGCGAUUAUAAAUAUAUAUAGCAUUGAUAACAAUAUUUUGAAUAGCAUUUAUUAAUUGUAGUUUAACAUUUACUAAUGCAUUAUUAAACUCCAGGGCUGUGCUUGUUGACAUUAGCUAAUGCAAGAACUAACAAUGAACAACUUUAUAAAAGUGGUUACACUUUACAAUAAGGUUUCGUUCAUUCUUUGUAGUUAUUAAUUAAUAAUGAACAAGUUAUUUAGGAAUACGCAGUUAUAUUUUAGUUUAUUUAAGUUUUUUAUUGAUUGAUUUGUCAGAGAAAUACAGUAUCAAAUAUAAAGAAUAAGACAUUAUCAGCAAAAAAAAAAAAAUUAGUGGAUGUUUUCUUCCUCUCUGAAUUAAAAAAAGUGCAAUUAUAAAUAUAUACUAAUAACAAUAUUUUGAAUAGCAUUUAUUAAUUGUAGUUUAACAUUUACUAAUGCAUUAUUAAACUCCAGGGCUGUGCUUGUUGACAUUAGCUAAUGCAAGAACUAACAAUGAACAACUUUAUAUUUAUUAACUUAUGUUAACAAAGAUGAAUAAACACUACAAUGUAUUGUUCAUUGUUUGUUCAUGCAAGUAAAUACAUUAUCUUUGCUUAACGGAACCUUUUUGCAAAGUGUUAUUGAAAAAGUUAGCUAUAUAUUUGAGAUUCUGGUAUUUAAUACAGGUUGAUGUAGCUUAUAAAGUGGUGGUACCCCAGAAAUAACAAUUCUUUCACCAUUUACUCUCCUAAUGUCAUUCUAGACCCAUAUGGAACACAAAUAAGGACACAAUCGAACAUUUUUUUUAACUUGAAACUGACAAAUUUUUGUCUCUGCUGAAAGUUUGUUUACCUACUACUCUAGAGAUUAAACAAAAUCCAUAUUAAUACAUGGAUUAAAUCACUAAUUUAAAUUGUUUCAAUUGUCUUUGCUACCAUAGAUAAUCGAUAAACUUUUAAGGAGAGAAUCUCUUCCUUUGUGUUUUGAAGAUAAAUCUUAAUAUCUCACAAGGGUGAGAAUAUAAUGACAAAAUCGUAAUUUUAUGGUGAACUAACCCUUUAAUAUUAUGACUUCCACAUUGGUUCAGUUUAUCUAUCAGGAAGGGCAUUGCGGUGUAAUGCAUUAUUAACAGCAUUCAAAUACUUUAAGAGGUCCAGUUUACUUGCCCACUAAAAAACGUGAAAACAUGAUGGCAACAGGAUGACAGUUUUCUAAUGUUACACAGCACUAUUUUAGAUACAGCAUAGUGAAGGAAUUAAUCGUUUGAAUGUAAACACAAAUCAACAUUAUUUUAGUCCGAAGACGGUCACACAACAAAGCUGCUUUUUUUAACCAACAUAACAGUGUGCUGCAGAGCAAGUUUUAGUCACUGUUACUCAUUCAUGGUUCAUUGUCUUGUUUUUACUCAGUUUAAAAAUACUACACACAUUUGUCAUGCUCAUACACAUCUGUAACAUUCACAAAGCAAUAAAUUAUUACGCUAUA